AUGACAUCUCAUAGUGGGUACCAGAGACUAGAUAAUGUUUCUUCAUCAUCGACAGUGUUGCCGAUGCACCCACCGGAAUAUGACGACGUGCACACACCCAUGGAACAGUUUGAGAUAGACGACCCCCAGUUGCCGGCAUCUGGUCUUUUAGUCAAGUUUGCCAACAAUUUCAAUACAAGGAUAUUACGGCCCGUGACGAGAAUUAUAGACCCGAUCUAUGAAGGGUACAAGUACUUUCAGAUGCAGUAUGAGCGGUCGAUAUUAAAGUUGGGGAACCCGUUAGUGGUGAAGCGGUUGUUGUAUGUUUCGUUUGUUAUGGUGAUUGUUUUUGGUAUUACAAAAUAUAGCGACAACGAUUCUAUCAGUGGGGCCAGUGUGGGAGCGUUCACUAGGGGCAGGUUCUAUGAUAUCGACAAAGUUGGCGAGUCUAUAACGCACUUUAUUGAUCCCAAAGAAAUGAAAGAGCAUUUAGAGUACUUUUCGUCGAUACCACACAUCACCGGCACGAAAGGAGACUUGGCGUUGGCAAAGUAUGUACAGUCGUUUUUCAAGAAUAAUGGUCUACACCAUGUUGAGUUGAAUGAGUUGGAAAGUUUUACCAAUUAUCCAGACAAGACCAAGACGUACUUGAAGGUUGAAGAUUUUGAGGCGACGUUGUUUGAGCAACAUAACGAGGGCAUGGAGUUUUUGGCAUUUAACCCAAACUCGUUGAACACAGAAACGCCUAUCAAGGGGAGUUUUAUUUAUGUGAAUUAUGGGGAGGCCGAGGACUAUGACAAGGUGAUUGCCAAUGGCGUUGAGGUGAAAGAUAAGAUUGUGUUGGUGAAGUAUGGCGGCAAGACCCCUGAACCGAAUAAGGUGUACAUUGCCGAGCAGCACAAGGCCAAGGCAGUGGUGUUUAUCACCAAGAAGUAUAGUGUUUCUGAUGAUGUGAUUCAGAGAGAGAAUGUUGGGUUGACACGAAUGUCGCCUGGCGAUAUUUUGACCCCUGGCUGGGCAUCGGAGAACAUGUAUGUGACUAGGUUGACGUGGGACAAGUCUGAGACCACGCCCAAAAUCCCCACCAUCCCGGUGUCGUGGAAAGAUGGCGAAAUCUUGUUGAGGAAGUUGGCUGGUGGCGUUGACUUUGAUGGGUACAAGAGUGGUGACGGUAAAUCGCCGGCCCUAGAAUUGAGUGUGCAAAACAUUGACCGGCCAAUGCACCAGGUGUGGAAUGUUGCUGGGUCUAUUGAAGGGCGAGAACAGAACGAAAAGGGGGUUAUUAUUGGUGCUGCUCGAGACUCUGGCUGUUAUGGGACGAUGGGCAGUAAUACCGGCACUGUUGCGUUAUUGGAAAUGGUAAAGAUAUUUACGUCGAUGCAGAGAAAGUAUCUGUGGACCCCGUCGCGGUCGAUAUUUUUUGUUUCGUUUGAUGCCACUGAGUAUAAUUUGGCCGGUGCUGCUGAAUGGAUAGAGAAUAGGAAGGAGUCGUUGCGCAAAGAAGGGUAUGUGUAUAUUGACUUGAGUGAUUUGGUGGCGGGGGAUAAGUUGUUGAUAAAUGCCAACCCGUUCUUGCAUGAAGUGAUUGGUAACUGCUUGCAGAAGGUGAAAGCGGGGGAUAGUACGAUGUAUGAUUUGGUGAAGAAACAGAAUGGUGACCGUGUGCCCAUGGGAAAUGAUUUUCUCGAGACAAAGAACUAUGUGCCAUUUAUCAACUAUAUCAAUAUUCCUUCGAUGGAGAUUAAGUUCACGGGGGUCGACUACCCCAAGAACUCCUGUUUUGAUAACUUUGAUAAUUUUGAGACCAGCGGGGUUGAUCCGAAAAUGGUUAAGCACGCACAAAUGGUUGAGCUUUUGUCGAGGAUAGCUUUAGAGUUUGCUGAAAGUCCGUUGAUUCCGUAUAAUUUCCGUGAUUUCACACGUGAGUUAGAGUUGUUUGAACAGGAUUUGGAGAGGUAUGCCGAGGUGCAGGUAGAGAAGGUGGGUCGAGCAAAGCCGGUGCUACACUUUGAUGGAUUGAAACGUGCGUUGAACUCGUUGAAGCUGGUGAGUGAAAACUAUCAGGAAUGGGCCCGCGAAUGGAAACAGUUUAUCCAUGAAUCUGGCGGCAUGGAGCCGACCAUCCAUACCAUGCUGAGAUGGCGGUGGAACGAUAAUAUGGUUGAGUUUAAUGGCCAGUUCCUAACGAGAGAAAUCCAGCAUCAGCGUGCUGGCUACAAGAAUAUACUCUUUGGGUUGCCGUUUAUUGCGCCUACAAGUAAGGGUGAGUUUGACUGGCACAGUUUCCCGUUUAUACGGAACUAUAUUUCGCAACACGAUUUUGAACUGGCGCAGAAUGCGAUUAAUCAGUUGGCGCUGGUUUUAGAGUCGGCAGCGUUGAACUAUCGGGAUUUGAGCUAG